CAUUCUGUCAAGAACGGUCAAAUAGCGCAAGUUGAUAAAUUGUCUCCGUACGACCUUGGCUGAAGGUGAUUUCAAACAGAUAGAAAGGAGUUUUGCGGAAUUUACAAGAGGCUCGCUGCUUAUCUCCGAUCACACAAACGCGACACGACGGAAGGUUCUCGCGCUUCGGUUCGGUUUCACGCAGCAGCAGAAGGCUUCAUUCCGUUCGGACGUGCAGUAAAGGUUGAGCGCGCUUACAACUGAAACAAUCGGCAGGCUUUUGCUUCUCCCGCAUCAUCGCCAGCGUCAUGAGCGUUAAGAUCGAAACGGUUGCGACCACCCCGUUUGAGGGCCAAAAGCCAGGCACCAGCGGUCUGCGCAAGAAGGUCAAAGUGUUCACCCAGAAAAACUACACGGAAAACUUUGUUCAAUGCAUCCUGGACGCGAACGGUCCGGCCCUGGCCGGCUCUACCCUCGUGCUCGGCGGCGAUGGUCGCUACUUCUGCAAGGAAGCGUCCGAACUGAUCGUCCGCCUGUGUGCCGCGAACGGUGUGCGCAAGAUACUGCUCGGCCAGAACGGCAUCCUGUCGACGCCGGCCGUCUCAAGCCUGAUCCGCCGGCACAAGGCACUCGGAGGCAUUGUCCUGACCGCGUCGCACAACCCGGGCGGCCCGGAGAACGAUUUCGGCAUCAAGUUUAACUGCGAAAACGGUGGCCCAGCGCCGGACGCGUUCACGAACAAAAUCUACGCCCUGUCGGGUGAGAUUCGGCAGUACAAAAUCGCGCCCGUCGCGGUCGACGUGGGCAAGGUCGGCGUGACGGAGGCGGUGGUCGAGGGCAAACCGUUCACGGUCGAGGUGAUCGAUUCCGUUGCCGACUACGUGCUGCUGAUGAGGGAAAUAUUUGACUUCGAGCAGCUGCGGGGCUUUGUCAGCGGCAGUUCGAGACCGGGCGGCGCCCCGCUCAAGAUGCGCAUCGACUCGAUGAACGGUGUGACCGGUAGCUACGUGAACGAGAUCUUCGUCCAGUGUCUCGGUGCGUCGACGGACGGUGUGGUGCACACGACACCGCUGCCCGACUUUGGCGGGCUGCAUCCCGACCCGAACCUAACGUACGCGAAGGAUCUGGUCGACACGGUGCGUGCUGGGGACUACGACAUCGGGGCAGCGUUCGACGGUGACGGUGAUCGUAACAUGAUCAUCGGGCGUAAAGCGUUCUUCGUCACGCCGAGCGACUCGCUCGCCGUCAUUGCCCACUACCUGGAGUGCAUUCCGUACUUUAAGAAGCACGGCGUGCAGGGACUUGCGCGCAGCAUGCCAACCGCUUCGGCCGUCGAUCGCGUCGCGGAAGCACUCGGCAAGGAGAUGUUCGAGGUUCCGACGGGCUGGAAGUACUUUGGCAAUCUGAUGGACGCCGGCCGUCUCUGCCUGUGCGGCGAGGAAAGCUUCGGCACCGGGUCGAACCACAUCCGCGAGAAGGACGGCGUGUGGGCGGUCCUGGCCUGGCUGUCGAUCAUGGCCCACACGGGCAAAAGCAUCGAGGAGAUCUGUGUGGAGCACUGGAAGCGGUACGGCCGCAACUACUUCACCCGCUACGAUUACGAGGAGUGCGAGCUGGCCCCGUGCAACGAGAUGAUGGAGGCGCUGGAGAAAACCAUCACCGAUCCGGCGUUCGUGGGCAGGGAGCUGUCGGCUGGCGGCAAAACGUACCAGGUGCGGCUGGGCGACAACUUCAGCUACAACGAUCCGAUCGACAAGUCGGUGUCGACGAAGCAGGGCCUGCGCAUCGUGUUCACCGACGGCAGCCGGAUCGUGAUGCGGCUGAGCGGUACGGGCAGCUCGGGCGCCACCGUCCGGCUGUACAUCGACUCGUACGAGAAGGAGAACGUGCUGGGCAGCGCGUCGGACAUGCUGAAACCGCUGAUCGACAUUGCGCUCGAGGUGUCGAAGCUGCCCACCUUUACCGGCCGCAACGCACCGACCGUCAUCACGUAAAUGGCUGCCAUUGGCCGACGCAUGGGGUCGAAUGUCUCGCUCAGUAGCAGUAGCAGUUUGCAGUGCAUUUUUAGAGCUGCGACGCCUUCCUUCGCCGUAUGUGUGUUUGUGUGUGUUUUGUUUUAAAUAGUGUUUAGGAAAUGUCGUUAACAAAUAAAGUUGAUUUUGCUUGUGUUUUAUGAAACAAAA